CGUACGCGUGUAAACCUAUCUUUAUGCUGCAAUCGUCCGCCAACUGUCAAAGUAACAUUUCAUCUGACACCUGAUUGACAGUUAUCAAACAUAAACAACCCAACUAGGGGGCUCACGGCUGCAAACAUGUCAGAAGCAGCCCCCAUUAAGUUCAUAACAGAACUCAGUCGGGUGUGUCGCACCUGUUUAACCGAAAAAAACAGCGAAGAUUUGUGUUCGCUGUUUGAAAAUUCGCUUGACAUUAUACUUUUAAAUUUAGCAGAAAUCAACGUUAGAAAAGACGACGGUUUGCCGAGUGUUAUCUGCAACGACUGCAUUUUCACGUUAAAUUUGUUUGUUACGUUUAAAGAGCAGUGCCAAAAGUCUGAGGCGCAGCUACGCCGAAUCUUGUGUCCACCGCCAGAGAUUUACGAAGAGUACAAGACUGUGACGGUGUUAGGAGACAGUAUUUCUACAUUUAUCGAAUUAAAAAAUGAGUCUACUGAUUCAUUACAGUGCCAAAACAGUAAAGUGAUUACUCUUACGAAUGAGGGUAAUCCAGAGCCGCCCGUUCCAGUUAGUGAGAUAAGUAAUAACGUACAGAGUGAUGUCAAAGAAGAGGAGACAGAUAUAGGUCCACUGAAAUGUGACAUGUGUGAUCGGACUUUUAAGCUUGAAAGUGCCCUCAGAACCCAUUUAAUCAAACAUGGGAGAAAAUUACAGUUCAAGUGUAAGGUGUGUGGAAAAGAAUUCACUUUGAUGACAGCGUUUGAAUGGCACGUGCGCUCCCACGCCAAUUAUCGCCCCUUUUCGUGCCCCAAGUGCAAGAAAUCGUUCACUUUGACCACGAGUUUGCGAAAGCACAUGCGCACACAUGGGGGCGAAAGAAAACAUUUGUGUGUAACUUGUGGUAAAAGGUUCUAUGAACCAGCGCAUCUCAACGUUCACAUGAGAACUCACACAGGAGAAAAACCGUUAAUUUGUACAAAGUGUGGUAAGUGUUUUGCAGACCCUCAUGGUCUUCUCGCCCACAAUAAAAUUCACACUGGAGAAAAAAAACAUGAAUGCGACGUCUGUGGAAAAAAGUUUGCGCACUCUUUUGUACUUAAAGCGCAUAAAAGGGUCCACACUGGCGAGAAACCGUAUUCUUGUAGUUUGUGUAAAGCCGCAUUUGCCACUUCUUCCUACUUAACCAUCCAUAAGAGAACUCAUACGCAAGAAAGACCCUAUAAGUGUGAAAUGUGCCCUAAAAGCUUUGUAAGCAAGUGUGGCUUAGUCACUCAUAUUAAAACCCACACUGGUGAGAAGAAAUUUCAGUGUAGCGUUUGCGGUAAACGCACUGGAAGGGCCGCUGAUCUUCAAAUACAUAUGAGAUCUCAUACAGGUGAAAAGCCAUACAGUUGUGAUUUAUGUUCAAAAAGGUAUCAUACCUCUAGUAAUUUAGCAGCACAUAAGCGAACGCACUUAGGUGUUAAGAAUCAUUUUUGCUCAGUGUGUAAUAAGGCGUUUGGGGACCCUAGAACUUUGAAGUGCCAUAUGAGGAUCCAUACAGGGGAAAGACCCUACGUUUGUGGGGUUUGUGGGAAGAGGUACGUCCAGAGUGGGCAGUUGGCGGCCCACAGAAAGGUUCACCAGGUGGUUGUUGAGACAAAUACUGCAUAAAUGUAAUUAUUUAAAAAUAAAAAAGUUGCAAAUU